AUGGUUGAAGUCGCAAAAGCCAACGAUCUUCUCGCAUGGGAAAUAACGCAGCUUAUCGAGUUCAAUAAACGAUCCACAUCAGAAAUUAAAGCAAAUCGUCAAGACUUCGUCUAUGAAUUAAUGCCAACAAAAAAAGCGACAACAGGCGCUGCAGUCAAGUCAAAAAUGAAAUGUGUCUAA